GCGAAAAACAUCGGUAGUUGUGCAAAGAUGGUUACCGUCGGUCCGAAAAAACAGACUUACUUCUCUACCUCUCCAUCUACCUCUAUCCCCCUACCUCUCCAUCUACCUCUAUGUCCCUACCUCUUCAUCUACCUCUAUUUCCCUACCUCUUCAUCUACCUCUAUCUCCCUACCUCUCCAUCUACCUCUAUCCCCCUACCUCUCCGUCUACCUCUUCCUCCGUUUCUAAUGCCUUUCCAAUCAAACAGCUUAAACAAAGGAAUUAUAAUGGGGAAGCCGUAGUAAUAUGUUAAUCGCUAUAAUUUUUCGCCGUGAUUGUUUACUAUCUGCUGCAUGGGAGAAGGUAGCUCAUUCCCAGCAUAAAAAUUUUGGAUUUCCUAUCAUCCAUCUAAGAGUAGUCUUCUUCUGCCGCUGGGGUGAUCAAUUAAUUUUCGGAAGUUUCUGAGAUGCGUAGUCUAAGGAUCUUCUGCUCUUAGUUUCUCCCUCUAGGAAUCUUUUUCCUGUAGUUUCUCCCUCUAGGAAUCUUUUUGCUGUAGUUUCCCACUCUAGGAAUCUUUUUCCUUUAGUUUCUCAAACCAAGGAUCUAAGAAUGUCGGCAAGUGCGGAAUCUCCGUUGCCGCGUUGCGCAAAAGGCGGGUCGCCGAUGUCGGCAAGUACGGAAUCUCCGUUGACGCGUUGUGGAAUGAGUGGGUAAUUUUUGUUUGAUUUUCUUAGAGCUUCUGAUGAGUUUCACGAUGAAGCUUGAUAAUUUCAAACAGCAGCGCCAGUUUUUUGAUUUUUUUGAAAGCCUUUUUUUCGAAUUUCUCCACUCCAGGACGAGCAAGAAAUGGCGGUCGUACACCCAGUGCUCCUUUCGUGGUUUGCCAUUCUUCAUUUCGCUUUCGGCCUUAUUCGCCUGUUUUUAUUUCGCUGUAUGUCGUGACACAAAUAAGCGCGUGGAGGCUAAUGCGAACUCAAUCGAACCAUUGGGAACGACCAACGCGAACGCAAUCGAACCAUCCGGAAGAACACAAGAUGAACUACGAGAUCCGUGGCCACAAGAUCCUUCGGAGUGCACAUCUCCCUCUGGCGCUGGUGAUGCUACGUGUGCGCAAAAAAAACGAAGCCGAUAUGUUUAUGUCUUGAUGAUUGAAAAAUUUGAUAUUGGCUUAGUGGUUUAGGCGUUGGCCUGUUCACUUAUCAAAAUUGAUUCUAGCUUCUGAAAAAUUGUCGCCAGAUUCGAUUCCAAUUAUUUUUAACAUAGAAGUUGUAGUAGAACUAGAAGAAGUCUUUCCACCCCUUUCUCUUCUAAAAGAGCGACGUCCAUGGAAAAGAAGUGCAUUUUGACGGUGACGCAGCGUCUCAUCACGAGGCACCUGGUGCUUCUCAGAAAGCCUCGUUUCUGCACCUGACUGACCCCCGAAUUUUAUGGCCACAUCUUUUUAGAUUGAGUAUGAUGAUGAAUACUUUGUAGGCCACCAUUCAUGAAAUUUUUAAGUACUAACCAUGAACGCAUGUUGUUCUAUAUGAGAAUGUACGAGAGCAGGACUAACUGAAAUUAUACUACUCACGAUGAGCAGCAGCCCUCAUGAUUACAGUAGACAUUUUCACUAUACUACUCACGAUAAGCAGCAGCCCUCAUGAUUACAGUAGACAUUUUCACUCUUCCUCUUCACAACCAUUCUUCACUCGUCCUCUUCACGCCACAACAAGCACUCUAAUUCUCGAUUGCGCUUUGGGCUUGUGUGGUGUAGAAGCCGAUGACAAUGCAAGUACUACUGAAGAUCUGGCAACAAAGGCUUCCAGUGAGAGUCGUCCACUGGCUCGUGCUCAUGCAACACCGGACGAACCGCAAGAAGAUUCGUCGGAUGGUGAAUCGUCUCCGGAUUCCCAAGCGAGUGGUCCAGCGUCGACGACUGGAGGACAGGGGGCGGAAGCGGCGGGUCAGAGUGAUGGUCUACAUAUGAAUGUCGAGCGUGGAACACCGGCUGAGGCCGCAGCGACGUCGACACUUCUGCCGGAGAUGAACCCGGAGGAGGAGCAGAAGUUGCUGGGCGCGACCCUUGAAUACGAUAAGUUGGAUGAUGAGGUACCGAUGCUGUCCGGAUCCAAGGUAGUGGUCAAGAAAAGCGGCGUACUGCACGACACAACGAUGGAUCCGCCAGGAGAAAACCAGCACUCUAUGAUCUUCUAUCAUAUUGAAGCUCAUAUUAGAUAUUUGUAAAUCAAUCCAGCACCUUUACCUUAGGUACUAGGUAUGCGAGUGCUAAAUUUUAAUGAACGACACCCCGGGAACAGAUUUAGAACUUCUGAUAAGUGCAUGAGAUAUUAUCUCUUCUUUUUUAUAAGUCAAAUAAUAUGUGGAAAUUGAAACUCCAUCUUGUUUCCUUUCCAUUGUUUUUCCAACGAUUCUACUUUAUCUUUUCACAGAUGAGACUGUUUCUAGCAUAGUUUCUGAUCGAAACACUUUCUUCUGAGGUAAUAUGGCUUUCUCCUUUUGGAAUACUCUUCUAACAAGACCGCACACCUGUCGAACGCUGUUGUUUCGCAUACGCAAAAGGCGCGAAGCCUGGGGUUGCACCCGGGAUCUCGGAUGCCACUUAUGGAAUUGUGCGUCGCUUCCAAGACUGCCAGCGAAGUGGCAAACGGAACGGGGCCACCUGCUCAUGCGACGAGGCUCUGGCAAGGCCAGCGGUACCUCACAAAAAACGAAGCGGGAAAUCUAGAGUGGAAGGAGGCUGAGAAUGCAUGCCCAAACGAGGUCAAAAAUGCAUGGCAAACUUUAAGGCCUCAACACGAUUAUGUUGUACUUUCACAGAUCAUUUCUAGUCGGUUAGUUUUCCCUCGACUUUAUCGUCCCUACUGACAAUGUUGUAUUUUCAAAGGUCAUUUAUCUGUAUCAUCUCCACUCUAUGUUGUUCUAAUUUUCGGCGAGGGCGACUGGGUCUGGCUCGCGGACGACGUGCCAUGCUUCUACUCGGAGACGGGCCACGGCGUGUGCGCGAGAGUGCCGGUGGAUACCACGAACGGACGUCAGCUCGCAAUGUACUGUGCGAAAAGUACUGAGACGCCGGAAGAAACGGAGGGGCCGAAGCCUCUGCCAGCAAUGGAUCCGACGGCCGAGGAAGGCUUGCUGAGCAGCCACAUCAAUGUGGAGACCUUACCGGAGCUUCCCGGAUCGACGCCGCCUGCUCAACUGGUGACGAAAACAAACUCCAUGAUGGCUGAGCCGAAAAUGGAUCCCAAAGGGGAUGUCGAUGCCUUUAUGCUUUCUCAUCAUACUAGCACACCGCCAGCCGGUCUAUAGCGAUUAUCUUGUAGACAAUACUUUUUUUUUCACAAGUAAAAUUUUGUCAUUGGUUUCAUGACUAGUUUGCGGUGCCUCUCUGUUAUGAACACUCUAACAAGAACCUGUCGAACGCAGUAGUGCUGAACACGGAAAAGGCGACGGAGCUGAGCUUGAAGCCAAGGUCGCGACUGCCGCUGGGAGCAAUGUGCAUUGCUUUUCCGUCUCAGGACACCGAAAAACAAGGCCCAAACACGACCCCUGUGACCAAAUAUUGGGAAAGCCACGGGCACUACCUGACGAAGAGCGAUGCUGACAAGAGCCUCCAGUGGGCUGCGGAUCCGAAUAACUGUCCUGAUGAGGUGAAGCAAUCAGUGCAAAACUUAGGGCUCACGAUAAUGCAUCAUCUUGAUAGGUUGGCAGGCCAUUUGUUCAUGUCUCUUCAUCCUAAUCACUAGGGGCUGUAUACCUAUGAAACAAGGAGCCGCGCUCCAGGAUCAAAAGUUUUUCUUAUUGUAAACUCUAAAAAACGGCGGGAGCGAGAAGUGGCAAUGGCUCGCGGAGGGGAUGCCAUGCAUCCACUCAGAGACUGAGGCUUCAGGUGCCCUCGUCCACUACAGCGGCUUCUGCAAGAAGGUGCCGAUCGCGGACAUCACGGCUGACGGACAACACGGAGAGCCUAAAAUCGCGAUGUACUGUGAAAAGGAGCAGGCGCCAGAGGAGGUGGCUGUCGUGGCUGCGGCGCCAGCGAACAUGCCUGUACCAUCGGUAGGCACGGGCGCUUCAGCGGCAAGCGCGGAUCCGCCAGCGGCGAGCGACGGGAGUGUGCCGAAGACAAAGGAGGAACGGCUGCUGGCGCACCCCCUGCUAAUGACCCGCCUAGAGAACCUGCCGGAGGAAACCGGACCUCAUCUACUGGCGAUGGUGGAGGCCAACAAGUCGGUGAUGGCACCGCCGAAAACGGACAAAAUUCAGGAAGGGGCCGGUUUUAUGAUGAUACUACAUGCGCUAGCCCACUUUACCCGCUUUCGAAUGCUCUACAGUGGAUCAUUGAAAGCAGUGAAAUAGGGAGUGGGCAGUAGGCUUUGUGUGUUCUAAUGAUAUUACAUUCCUCUCCAACGCUGUAGUGUCAGAUGCAAGCAAUAAUCGCGUCCGCUUGAACCAAGCCGCCGGCAAUCCGCUGCCAGCGGGCUCACUGUGUCUCGCGCUCCUGCUCCAUACCGGUGAACCAGGGCCAUCAAGUACGAAGAAUGGACCCCAACUGUGGCAGAGCGCCGGCUUCGGGUAUCUCACAAGCACCGAUCAGGGUGGUCUGGAGUGGGAGAGCAGCUAUAACAGGGAAGUGGCAGAGGUGAUGAAUAAAGGGGAUGGCGGCCGUUGGAGAUGGCUCGCCGAGGGGAUGAAGUGCCAGCAUACCUGGAGAACCCCAAAGGGGGGUUACGACGAUGAGCCCGGCACGUGUACGAGACUCCCCGUGGACAUCACGGACGCCAACGGACGUCAGACGGAUGAGCAGAGGAUCGCGAUGUACUGUCUGACUGGUGAGGAAGGGCGCAGGCUUCCCAAGUAAUCUUGCUGGUAUCAGGGUUAUUUAGAUUUUUUAAUAAGAAUUUUUUCACGCGAUUUAUUGAUUCGUAGAAGUUAUAUCAUUCAAGUGCUGAACUACCGAAGCAUUCUCAUGUUGAUAAAGUCAUCUACAUAAAUUCCUAGAAGCAGACGGCUACACCAUUUCUCACAACUGUUGUAGAGAAUGAAUGAUGUGCUAUUUACCCUACAAAAGCAAGGAGGUCGAUAAUACAAAUUCUCCAAGUACUAGAUACAAAUGAAGUAGUUCAGCAGUUCCACCUCGUCCUCCUAUGUGCAUCAUUAUCACAACCACCAUCAUCAACAGUAGUCCCACCUCUGUCUCUUAUCUGCAUCAUUCUUGUCAUCAACGUGUCUUAUCCUCUUAGCGUUAGACCCAGGUGUUCUUCCUAUCCUGCUAAUAUGAUUAGGCACUUUAUUACGGAGUAGACCCAUACUCCACUAAGAAAGAUAAGAUUACGGUAGAUCUAGACUCCAAUCCAAAAUGAAUGAUGUACGUACUCGUAAGUAGAAAAGUAGAGCUAUCCAUACUCGUGAGUAGAAAAUUAGGACUAUCUUCUAUGUGCAGAUUCGUUAGAAGCAAGAAACGGCUUCAUCUCGAAGUCGUUAGAAGAGGUAGCUCGACCCUACUCCAUCAUGAGCAUCAAGAUCAAUGUCCUAAGUCCCACAGUCACGACAGAUUAAAAACCACACUUCACGGCACUUACUAUUCACACUAAACACGGUUAAGAACGUAAUCUAGUUGGAAAAUGUCAAGAUUGAAUCAAUGAAGAACUCACAUAUUUGCUCACGGGUCUAGAUAUAUGAUUGUAACUCACGUAGAUGACCAGCACGUAGGAACUCACGCAAUUCACCAAAAACAUCAAGAUACGAUUACAAUUUUGAAGACAAGCAGACAAUAAGCGUUACUAUCUACUCUCACAGAAUCGAUCACAAUUUUCAAGACUGUCAUAAAGGUUACGAUCUCUGAUGCAAUCACAAUUUUGAAGACCAAGCCAACCAGUGGAGUACCCCACAUGCAAAAGUCUUGAUAUUCCUUAUUUACAUCAAAAUUAUCUCUUGCAAACCUGUUCUCCAUUAAACAACGACAAAUUAUAUCAUCCAAUCACAAGAACACACGAACAUUAAAAGUCCUGCCUUACAACUCAUCACGCAAAUGUCAAGAUAAGUGUCAUGAAAAUAUCAAGAUAACUGUCGUAAAAGUACCCCUCUAUUGCAGUCGCGAUUCACAAACAUCAAAACCCAUCAUCACCAUGCAAGCCUCGUUAUUGACGAAAAAACAAACAAACCUCCUCUUGCAACCCUAAUUUGCGAAGAUAUGUAGCCCCUUUGUCAUCAUGCAAUUUUGAUUUAUGAACAUAAAAAACCCCUUGCAAGAAUCAUGCAAUCCACUGACAACACCUAUGAUGCAAUCAUGACCUUGGGAAUCCAGAAUUCCUGUCCGGAUCAAAC